AAAAAGAAGCCAAAGGAAAAUACAACAAAGAGACAAGUCGCAGAAAAAAAUUGAAAGAAGAGAGAGAAAGUAAGAAAAAAUAUUGAAAUAUCUGGAUUCUGGAAUACUAGUAGUCGUCUUUUACCAGAGUAUAUAAGUGGGUGAUGAAACACCCAACAUUCAGAUCAUCAUCCUAUUUCAACCAACUCACCCAUCUUUUUCUUUCUUAAAUAUAAUUCUUAUUGUAAUUGUUAAUACCCACCUUCUUCAAUCUCCAUUUCCAUUGAAAACAACCCCAAGUUUCAAUCUUUAUUGUUUAUUUUGAAUUACCCAGAUGGAAAUUUCAAUCAGAAAUACGAUUUUGUAAUAGUAGAAGCUUGGAAAGUUAAAAGAGUAAGUUUAGAGAGAGAAGGAGAGAAAAAUGAGGACUCUUUGUGAUGUUUGUGAAGGUGCUGCUGCUGUCUGCUUCUGUGCGGCAGAUGAGGCUGCUCUUUGCCGUGCUUGUGAUGAGAAGGUCCAUAUGUGUAACAAGCUUGCUAGUCGACAUACACGUGUUGGACUUGCAGCCCCAAAUGCUGUACCAAAAUGUGACAUUUGUGAAAAUGCACCUGCUUUCUUUUAUUGCGAGAUUGAUGGGAGUUCGCUUUGCCUGCAAUGUGACACGGUUGUUCAUGUUGGCGGUAAAAGAACUCACAGACGAUAUCUUUUAUUGAGACAGAGGGCGGAGUUUCCAGGGGAUAAAUAUGUAAAUGUUGAAGAUAUGAGCUCGGGUGAUCCAAUGGAUGCUAGGAAGGAACCUAAUCAAUUAUCGGAAGCAAUUGCAAUGGAGAAGGAGCAAAACAAUGUAGUAAUUGUAGAUGGUAUUCAUGGUAAUGGUGUUCCUGAUGCACAAAUGGAUAACAAAAUGAUUGAUCUUAAUGCUAGACCCCAAAGGACUGUUCUGCAGUCUUCUAACAACAACAACAACAACAACAACAACAACAAUCAGACACAGGGAAUGGAUUAUGUUUCUGGGACUAAUGGUGAUUCUGCAAGUGUUGUUCCUGUUAUAUCUUUUAAAAGCGAGCGGGAAAAAUAAACCAGUGAGCAUACAUACUGAAGGUCCCGCAAUCCUGGUGGGAUGAUUGAUUAGUUCCAACUUCCAAGCUAAAUGUUCUUUCAUUCAUAUGGUCUAUUUAAUGGCACUUAAGAGUUGAAGCUUAUUCUUGCAUGUAAAACGCCAAAUUCAUAGGCAUUAAAAGACAAUCAUAUGAAGUCCCUUAUCUUGGCAUGCCUUGAGAACAUAGUCCGUUGCUUAACCGAGGGUCCUUUGUAAGUAGAGUAGAUUAACCGUGGCGAUUGUUACCGUCAUGGAAGUAAUUACGGAUAACUGAUAAUGCACUGGCUGAAGCUCCAUAUACGUGUAUGCAUGUGAAUUGUUCCACGUUGGAGAAAACAGAGAGAAUUACUAUUUUUAUUGCUAAUAGGCUUGUAAA